CGUGUGCGUGGACAGGGGGAAAAGGAAGACACGGAGUCCGGCAGGCCGCCGGGAUGAGCCUCUGCGGUGGCCGGAGACCAUGACCCAGCCGAGGCCGCCACGGCUGCAUGACAACGCGGAGCGAGAGUCUGAGACAAAGCAGAAGAGGAAGAUAGCCGAGAUCUACCAAGUGCUAAACAAUGAGCCGGUGGACAUUGCUCCCCUCCGGCGCAUGGCUAUCAGCGAAGGAGGCCUUCUCAUGGACGAGAUUCGCUGCAAAGUGUGGCCCAGGCUGCUCAACGUGAACAUAGACGACCUGCUGCCUCCGCCAGAGGAAGAACUUCGGGAAAUAAGCAAGGAUUAUCAGCAAGUCCUGUUGGACGUAAGGCGAUCCCUCCGACGUUUCCCGCCAGACAUGCCCGAUGAGCAGAGAGAGGGUCUCCAAGAAGAGCUGAUAGACUGCAUCCUGCAGGUUCUGCAACGCAACACACAACUCCAUUAUUACCAGGGAUACCAUGACAUUGUGGUCACCUUCCUUCUCGUGGUGGGGGAGAGGUUGGCCGCCACCCUGGUGGAAAAACUCUCAACGCAUCACCUCAGGGAUUUUAUGGACCCAACCAUGGAAAACACCAGGCACAUUUUAAAUUAUCUGAUGCCCAUCAUAGACCAAGUGAAUCCAGAUCUCCACGAUUUCAUGCAAAGAGCCGAGGUGGGGACCAUCUUCGCCCUCAGCUGGCUGAUCACCUGGUUUGGACACGUCCUGUCUGACUUCAAGCACGUGGUGCGGUUAUACGACUUCUUCCUCGCCUGUCACCCGCUGAUGCCCAUCUACUUUGCGGCAGUGAUCGUGCUCCAUCGGGCCCCGGAGGUUCUGGCCUGCGACUGCGACAUGGCUUCCGUCCACCACCUGCUGUCCCAGAUCCCCCAGGACCUCCCUUACGAGAUGCUCAUCAGUCGGGCCGGGGACCUUUUCGUUCAGUUCCCGCCUUCGAAGCUCGCCCAGGAAGCUGCUCAGCAGCAAGCCGAGAGAACGGCGGUUUCCACCUUCAAAGACUUUGAGCUGGCUUCAUCCCAGCAACAGCCGGACACCAUCCUCCGCCAGCGCUUCCGAGAACAACUCCGGGCGGAGGAAAGAGCCAAGUCCCUCUUAGCGACCAAACCCAGGACCAACCGCUUCGUCAAGCUGGCCGUGAUGGGGCUGACGGUGGCGCUGGGGGCGGCCGCCGUGGCGGUGGUCAAGAGCGCCCUCGAAUGGGCCCCCAAAUUCGAACUCCAGAUCUUCCCCUAAGGCUGAAGGACAGAAGGAACGUCCUUUCUCAUCUCCUGCUCUCCGUGAGCUGAAAACCAUCUCGGCGGAAGACAAGCCGAGUUCUGAGGCCAGCAGCCCUGAAUCCGUUCCCUUCUGCAAAGCAACCUUCCGCCGUGAAGAGGGGACCGUUGCCUUGGGCUGCUACAGGCUGGGUGGUCUCAAUUUCUGCUCGCUCUUCUGGCCAGCUAAGGGGCAACUCUUCUCCACGAAGACCCCCCUUCUGUCCUCCGGAUGAACAGAGAAGUCUCAGUGCACCCGUUCGGGGGGAAAACAGUAUUGUUCCUACGGUUUUAUCCGAAGGAGAGACACCCGGCUUGGGGAUCUUGAGAACUUGUCCAAGCAAUUCUGGUUGCCUGUCUUAACCAAAAAUGGAAGGAGAUAGUUUCUUGGCGGUUGCCAACGGUAGGACUGGAUUCUCGCUGGUUCCCGUUUCGAUGUUUUGAUAUUCGAUAUUUCGUGUUAGCCGGAAAGGAAAACAGCAGGAAAAGAAGUCUUGUUAAACGCACAGAAUAGAUCAGCAAUUUGGCAACUUUUGGUUUUAGACUUUGAAGAAUUCUGGGAGUCGAAGUUCCACAAAUCUUAAAAAUGGCCGAGGUCGGACACCCUUCGAGUAGAUCAUCUUUGGACUUUCAAACUUGAUCUGGUUGCCAUCCGGAAAAAAAGAUCAAAACCAGAUCACCCUGUUUGAAGGGCGAUACGCAGAAACCUUCCCCCGAUGAAAAAAAUUAGAACUUUUCCUUAACUGCAUGACGAAUUCUCAACAAGGAGGUUCACUUAAUCCAUAAUCCACAAUACCCCCCCCACACACACACACACACUACAGAAGCCUCUCUCACAAGUGUCCUUACCCAACUUUCGCUACCUUUGAUGGACGAGUUUCUUGGCUAUCUUGGAAGCGACCGAGCAGAAGAUAAGAACCAAGCCCUCUCAAUCCCCGAGCCAAGGACUGUUCGCUUUGACAACUUUGCAUCGAUCCAAGAGUAGGGCUGGGCAUUGAGGUGGACAACCAAUGAGUCCUGCCACGUUCUUCAGACUGAACUCAAGAUGUCCUUCAGAAACCACAGCUUCCAGAAAAUGUCAAGAGCCACCUCCUGGAAGCAUCUAGACCAGGGGUCUCCAACCUUGGCAACUUUAAGAUUUGUGGACUUCAACUUCAGCUUUGCUGGCUGAGGAACUCUGGAAGUUGAAGUCCACAAGUCUUAAAGUUGCCAAGGUUGGAGACCCCUGGUCUAGACUUCACCUCUGUGUAUUUUUCUUUAAAAACAGUUGCAUUGAAUUCUCCUCUGUGCCAAGACAUAUGGCUUCUUCUGGAGGAGAAGCAACCCACUACACCCACAAGUUGUCCUUCUCACAUGCUUAUGGACCUUCUCUUCCAGACGAGCUCAGGGCUGGUGCCAGAAAGUCCGUGCCUUUUCUCCAAGGGGUUUGGAUCGUGCUUUGCGCGUGGUUCCGAAGACCACUUUAACCCAAGAAGCUGGCUGGACUUCCAGCCUCUGCUUUUGCCUUGAAGUUGAAGUAGUCAUUGAGAUGUUUCUAGGGUUAGACGGACCGGGGGGGGGGUCACCCAACGUUUUUCGAUAACGCGUUUUGGACUGUAACCAUCCCUCUAAAGGCGGAGGGGAGCCCCCAACAAUUUGGAUCGAACACCCCGGUGUCGUAUCAUAAAAAGCAGGCAUGGGGUGGUGCCAUCCGAGCAGCAGUGACAAAACAGGAGAGGAAAAACCGCAGAGAUGGCUAAGAAAUUCCUAACCUCAUUUUUUGUUUUUUAAAAAAAGCACUUUACAAAAAUAAUUUCUAAAAGAAAAGAACAGGCUUUUAAUGGAGAAUUAACUUAAGGCAGGAAAGUGUUCUCUCAAUUUUUGGGGUGGGUUGUCUGAUGUCUCUUUAGUUUAAGAGUUAUUUUCUUCCACGUCUUCGGAUCUGGCCUAUUUAGCUGAGGAAAAUUUGAGCCCUUAAACUUUUGAUUUCUAACCACGGGAAAUACGCAGUGCUCCGAAAGAGAAGUUCCGCUUCAUCGUAUUUCCUAAGAACCGUCCCGAGCACUUAUUUAUUUUAUUCGUCCAGCAAAAAGUAGGAAUUCAGACAAAGAAAAUCAGAAUGUGGCAAGGACGAUAAAACACGACGGUGCACUGGCGCACACCCCCUUAGGGACCUCACAAACACAGAGCGAGGUCCUCGGUUCAGCGUCGGUCAGCAGAACCUUGAUUUUUGACGGAUUGUGUGAAGGCUCGAGUCUUUUCCUUCCUACCGACACCCGGAGUCCUAUCCGAGUGAGAAAACAAGCAUUAUCGAGGAGCGAACAGGGAAAAACUAAAUAGAAAUAAUUUGGAGUUUGCACUGCAGUCUAGAAAAAUUAGCCUGGGAUUUUGCUGGUUAUUUGCACUUCUGUCGGAGAAGUAAGGACAGCCAUCGCUGAGAAACGAGCCUGCCCCACCGGUAGGAUUUACCGGGACUCCAUUGCUGCUGGGAAGUUUCCUUACUGCUUCUCAUAAAUGAAGCAAGAGGUAGCCUUUGCCGUGAACGCCAACUGAUGGCACCUUUCCACUUUCACACAAUCCCAGGCAGCGGUGACCCUGAAAUCCCCACAAAAUUAAUGUGCCCACCUGUCCAGAACAUCUCACUCACCUGUUGCAUCCCUUAACUUUCACCCUUCUGUGUGGGCAGACAGGUAACGGAGCCCAGAGGUUGAGUUCAGCGUAGAAAAACGUGGAUUGCAACAGCCCUUCGGUCGUGCAUCCUGGGCAGCGUGGCUCUUUUCUAUACUCAUGUACGUAAUGUAACUUGUAGAUUUGUACAGGGCUUGUAAUUGUGUACAUUAAAUAAAUGCGGUAUUAACUUACUAAAGCCGUUU